CAAGCAACACCCCAUCCUCAUCUCUCUCUCUCUCUCUCUCUCUCUAAACUCUCUAAAAUCAAUCCCUUUUCUUUUCUCUCACUCAUCCUCUCUGUCUAGAUUUUGUACUUGACUGAAACCAAUCAAGAAAGCUUCAAUCAGUAUCAGAGGAAACAAUGGAACAGAGCACGAGUAGUAGGAGAAACAAAACAGAGAGCUAUCUCCCAACCCUUUUCGGUCCUAAUGAAAUAGAAGUCUCCCAAAUACUACUCGAUAUUCCUAACCUAAUCCAACUCGAAUUCCCGUCUCAAUUUCACGUCAUAUGGGGCGGCAAAAGAAAGAGAUCUGCAAUCGAUUCGAGCCCUUCGCAAGAAGAAGAGAAAAGACCCAAGGAAGAUCGAGAGAGUGAGAAAAGACCCAAAGUCAAGGUCGAAGCCUUAAGUCCCACGACGCCGUUCUCUUUCUCUCCGAGCGAGUCUGAUGAGAAAUCGAAACUCUCUCUCAAGAAACCGUCAUCGAGAACGACAAGAGAGGAACGCUUGGAGAUCAUAGAGGAAUUAACUCAGCGCAGAGAAUUGCUAAAAGGGGAGAUUGAGUCUGUGAAGAGUUACUAUAACAAGCUAAAGGCCAUUAAUUUGGACUUGAAAGCCAAGAAACGAGAGCUGGAGAAAUUUGGGAUCGAAUUAUGGGAAUUUAACAGGGUCGAGAAUCAAGAUUAUUAUUACAUGCUCCAUCAGCAGCCGUCCAAUGUGGAUCAGAAGGCAUACGGAUCACAAACAAUUGAGAAUUCUCAGCAACGCCCAUAUGGCCAAAUCUCUCCAUUUUUGUCAUCUGGGUCUGGAUCGGGUGAGGUCAAGGAAAUGGGCCCACUCUGCAUUCCUGACCUCAACGCAUCAGCUUCGGGGGAGACUUUUGGUGUGGGCUCUUCGCAUCCGUUGGAUCGUAGCAGAGGUCUAGUAGUGGUAGAACUAGAUGAUAAUAAAGCCAGAGCUUCAGAAGCAAGGAGGAGAAGGAUGAUUAAAAUGAAAGAGAUGAAGGGGUCUUUUGUCUCGAUCAAAUCACUCAAGUGCAGAUGACGUUGGAUAUGCUUCACCAUUUCCUCUAUGGUACUAUUGGGCCACUUGUAUGAUACCGCCUCUCCGGGCGGUGGAACUGGACUCCAAUAAUUAGUUGAGGUGACCCGUAACGACACAUGAGUUAUGAAAAAACAUACUCUUUUAUGUGUCGUCUUAUUGUAUUAUUAUUUGUGGUGUUUUAAAACUACUCGGGCAUUUAUUAGUUGAUAAACCCAACUCCUAGAGGGUCAUUUUUGUCUUUC